AUGGAUGACAAGUCGAUUGCUCUUAGUGCAGUUAUCCGAGAAGCCAUUGAUUUGGUUCUUCGUGAUGGAAAAUGGAGUGAAGAGGAUGCUUGUGUUUUGGUUCCCGGUGAUAUUAUCAGUAUCAAACUUGGAGACAUUGUUCCUGCUGAUGCCCGUCUUCUAGAAGGCGAUCCUCUGAAGAUUGAUCAGUCUGCACUCACCGGAGAAUCACUUCCGGUGACUAAGAAUCCAGGAGAUGGAGUUUACUCGGGUUCUACAUGUAAACAAGGAGAGAUCGAAGGCAUUGUGAUUGCAACUGGAGUUCAUACUUUUUUCGGGAAAGCAGCUCAUCUUGUUGAAAACACAACUCAUGUUGGACAUUUCCAAAAGGUGUUAACUUCAAUCGGGAAUUUUUGCAUUUGCUCGAUUGUUGUUGGUAUGAUAAUUGAGAUCAUUGUGAUAUAUGGUAUUCACCAAAGGGAAUAUCGUGUUGGAAUUGAUAACCUUCUUGUGCUACUCAUUGGAGGGAUACCGAUUGCUAUGCCUACUGUUCUUUCGGUUACCAUGGCCAUUGGUUCACAUCGCUUGUCUCAACAGGGUGCGAUUACGAAAAGAAUGACUGCAAUCGAAGAAAUGGCGGGAAUGGAUGUGUUGUGUAGCGACAAAACCGGUACAUUGACACUCAACAAGCUUACAGUUGACAAAAAUAUGAUUGAGGUCUUUGCAAAAGGGGUUGAUAAGGAUAUGGUCGUCUUAAUGGCUGCAAGGGCAUCACGGCUAGAGAACCAAGAUGCCAUCGAUGCUGCUAUCGUUGCAAUGCUCGGAGACCCCAAGGAGGCCCGAGCUGGGAUUCAAGAGGUCCAUUUUCUACCGUUUAAUCCAACUGACAAAAGGACAGCGCUUACAUACACAGAUAAAAUCGGUAGAAUGCAUAGAGUGAGCAAAGGUGCACCUGAGCAGAUCCUCAAUCUUGCACAUAACAAAUCAGAAAUCGAAAAAAGAGUACAUUCGAUAAUCGACAAGUUUGCAGAACGUGGUCUUCGAUCCCUUGGAGUUGCUCGUCAGGAAGUACCAGCUGGAAACAAAGAGAGCUCUGGUGGCCCAUGGGAGUUUGUCGGCCUUCUUCCACUCUUUGAUCCACCACGACAUGAUAGUGCUGAAACAAUCCGGCGAGCUUUAGAUCUUGGUGUGAGUGUUAAGAUGAUAACAGGUGAUCAAUUGGCAAUUGGAAAGGAAACUGGAAGAAGGCUAGGAAUGGGGACAAACAUGUACCCAUCUUCAGCUUUGCUGGGUGAUGGUAAAGAUGGUUUUGGAGCUUUACCGAUUGAUGAGCUAAUUGAAAAAGCCGAUGGUUUUGCCGGUGUAUUUCCCGAACAUAAAUAUGAGAUAGUUAGAAGGCUACAAGCUCGAAACCACAUAUGUGGAAUGACAGGUGAUGGUGUGAAUGAUGCACCCGCCUUGAAAAAAGCAGACAUCGGAAUCGCGGUUGCUGAUUCCACUGAUGCUGCCCGUAGUGCUUCCGAUAUUGUUCUAACCGAGCCCGGAUUAAGUGUCAUUAUUAGUGCCGUCUUAACAAGCCGUUCCAUAUUCCAAAGAAUGAAGAAUUACACGAUAUAUGCCGUUUCUAUCACAAUCCGAAUUGUGCUAGGUUUUAUGAUGCUGUGUGUUUUCUGGAAAUUCGAUUUCCCGCCUUUCAUGGUUCUUGUUAUAGCCGUUCUUAACGAUGGCACAAUCAUGACGAUAUCAAAAGAUAGAGUAAAGCCAUCUCCCAUUCCCGACAGUUGGAAGCUCACAGAAAUCUUUGCAACCGGAGUGGUUCUUGGUGCUUACCUAGCCCUAAUGACCGUUAUUUUCUUCUGGAUAGCAUACGAAACUAACUUUUUCCCGAACACAUUUGGUGUGAAGGACUUUAAUUCGCAUCAUCGUGACAUGUCUGUAGAAGCGGAAUCAAAACCCUUAAAUGAGAUGAUGGCGUCAGCCGUUUAUCUUCAAGUUAGCACCAUUAGCCAGGCGUUGAUCUUUGUGACAAGGUCUCGGGGGUGGUCUUUUACUGAGAGACCGGGUUUAUUGCUUGUGAUUGCAUUUGCUAUUGCUCAACUGGUGGCGUCGGUGAUAUCGGCGACUGUGACGUGGAAACUUGCUGGAAUUAGGGAGAUUGGGUGGGGGUGGACUGGGGUGAUCUGGUUGUUCAAUAUAUUGACUUACAUGCUUCUUGAUCCUAUCAAAUUUGCUGUUCAGUAUGGGUUAAGUGGAAGGGCUUGGGGGUUGGUUGUGGAGAAAAGGACGGCCUUCACAACAAAGAAGGACUUCGGGAGGGAAGCUCGUGAGGCGGCUUGGGCAACAGAGCAACGAACGUUGCACGGACUCCAGCCUAUAGAACCAAGAAUGUUUUCUGAGCAAGGAACAUUUCGGGAGAUUAGUCUAAUGGCAGAUGAAGCUAGACGACGAGCUGAAAUUUCAAGGUUGAGAGAACUCCAUACACUAAAGGGCAAGGUUGAGUCUUUUGCGAAGCUAAGAGGAUUAGACAUUGAUGCAAUGAACCAACACUACACAGUUUGAUCAGAGCCUAUUCUACUC